ACUUGGAUAUCGGAAUUACUGAAUUACAUAUAAUAAAAAUCAUAUCCUCAGAAAAAAGAAAAAAACGCAAAGAAAAGAGAAAUGGCUACUUUGGGUGGAAUUAGCCAGGUCGAUGGAAGCGCCAAUAGUUUGGAGAUUGAAAACCUCGCUCGUUUUGCUGUUGAUGAACACAACAAGAAAGGGAAUACGAUGCUGCAGUUUAAGAAGGUGACGAAUGUAAAACAACAAGUGGUUUCUGGGACUAUGUAUUACAUAACAUUGGAGGCGAUGGAUGGUGACAAGACGAAAGUUUAUGAAGCCAAGGUGUGGGACAAGCCAUGGAUGAAUUUCAAGGAGUUACAGGAUUUCAAGGUUAUUGGCGAUGCUCCCGCCGGUUGUACUUCCACCGCUUAAGGUGACUGGAGAUUGUAGAGGAAAGGAUAUCAGGAUAUCGAAGGUGGGUUUUAAAUAAAUGUAACUGUCAUAAUUUACCUGUGUCCCUUGUACCCUAUUUCUUCUGUAAUUUUAGUGUGAUUCCAUUGUCUGAAGUAAAUCUACAUUUUGGGGAUUUUAUCUCCAUGACUGCUUUCUAUAUGCAUAAAGUUAAAUUUCUGGCUUC